AUGUCUAGUCAAAGUGGACUUCCUGAAGGUAAUACGAUUGGUGAAACGCAACGACCGAUUCGUGCAGUUCAUACUUUGACAUCACAAGGGUUCGCGUCAUCCGGUACUCAGCUAAAACUCGACCCAGUCAUGGAAUCUUUUGGUCCUAUUUCCAAAUCUCAAAGUCCAAAAUCAACACAGUUCCCAACUCCCAGAAGUUCCGAAAGUCAGCAACAACUGAUACAGCACCAGUUACAGCAAGAGUUCAUGGUGCAACAGGAGCCGAUACAUGAAGUGGGGAGUCAGGGUCUUGUUAACAAUGAAGGUGUAAUGGGACCUGACUAUCUGCCUAAUGCUAUGAACAUCAACAGCAGUGUUACAAACUCUGAGCCACAAAGAAAAGACUUUACUGUUGGAACAGAGUCCGUGAUGGCGACUGUUCCUCGAAAGAGAUCUCGAAGUACAAAUUCGGCAUCGUUUCCCAUCCAGCAGUACAAUUUUGCAAUGCGUCCGGUACGCACUACUGCAGAAAAUAUAGAUCCGAACCACCAAAUGAGUCCUUCGAGUGUUCCAAGUUCGCUCAAUCCCUCGUAUCCAGAAACAUUUAAGAAUUAUCAGAGUAACGGUCCAAGCUCUGUUGAAAUGGAUCAAACAAGGAGGCAGGCAAGUGGCAGUGGUAGCAGUCACCCGAUUGACUUGAAAGAGUAUCAGAUCCAGGGACUUGAUAAUGGUACCAUAUCAACAAACACGAUGGCGGCUGCCGCUGCAUCUGCCGCCAUGGGGAGUUCUGGAGGCAUGUCACCUCAACAAGUACAGCAGUUAAGGCAGCUUCAGGCAACAUAUGGCAAUCUACAGACAAACAUAAAUAAGCAGCUGAACGAGCAGCAGCAGCAAGUUCCCCAGCCACCACAGCAGUAUUAUAUACAGGCAAGACAUAGAAACCAGAAUCAGAAUCAGAAUCAAAGUGAGUAUAGUUCGCCUGGCCAGUCUGUUGCCUCCUCUGCUGCCAGAAAUAAUGCUCCCCGCAGACAGAGUUUUAAUUAUCAGAAUUCUGUACCGGUGCAGCGGCUGCCACGUCAGCAGUCACAGCAGCAGUCGCUGCCACAACCUCAGCAACCCCAAAAUCGGUAUCAGUACCAGCAGCAGCAACAACAACAACAACAAACAAACCAACAACAACCACAACAACCACAGCAUCAUCAUCCUCACACUCAUCCACCCCAGCAGCUGCAAGUUCAUAGCAUCACUCCUCAAGGCCAACCUUUUCCUUCGCAAACUCGCCAUCCUGGUAUCCAGUAUGUGAGUUAUCAGCCUAGACCGGCACAGCCCGCUUCCCAGCAACAGCAGCAACAGCACCAGCACCAGCACCAGCACCAGCACCAGCAGCACCAGCAGCAGCAUCAAUUCGAAGUGAAUACAAACAGAUAUAUGCCUCCCGGUCAGCAAAGCCAGUCGGGCCAGGCUGUGCAUCAGGCCGGCUUUUACGGGCCCCAGUUCCCUAUUAAUGGCAAGCCACAGCCUGUUCCUUCUCCUGCGGAAGUUCCGCAAAAUGGUUCUAUUCCAGAACGCAAGAUUUCUAACGGGGAGUCUAUGUAUAACAGCCCAGUUGCCGGCGGAUCAGCGACUCCCAUAGGUUAUAAUUCUAUUCCUCGGGGAGUUUUGGUCCAUCAUAGUGGUGUUCCAUCAUCCGGAUCGACGCCAAUCACUGCGAAUGCUGGAAUGAAGUCGCCAAUGAAUCCUCAAAUGGUGCCAGGUGCACCUGUAAAUACACCACAAGCAGUGCCCCAAUCUUCUGCAUCCUUUGUCAGGCCUCUUCCCGAGGAUCUAAAAAGGAUUAAUGCUAAUGCCGCUAUAAUUAAGUUGUUUGAGAUCUGCGAAAAGAUCAGCGUUCGUUUUGGGUCGGUGGAUAUAAACUACUGGAAGAAGAUUAUGAACGACUUUUUCGAUGAGAAUUCCACCAUGUCGGUGAAUGUUAGGGAUCACAAAGUCACUAGACACUACAACUUUUCACACUCGAUCUUGCCCUUGUUAUGCCAUGUCGUGGCCAGUCGUUGUGCCACUGCCUUAGAGUUAUCACAGAAUUUCAUCCGUGCUGAAGUUCUAGCAAAUGGUACAAUUGUUCUAGACUGUGCACGCUUUGUCCAAAGAUGGUGGUACCCCGAUGGAUCAUACAAGACUAGAUAUGGUAGCCUUCGGGUUUGCUUCAAUAGAAGAAAUUUAAUUGAAGUUGUUUCUGUUUCGGUCUUCAAGAGUUCUUGGGGACUUGAGAUGGCUCCCUUGGAGAGAUUUUUCACAUCGCACCCAGGCGCAAGUGUUGAUGCUAUCAAAAGAAAUUUCUUAGCUUUCCAAGGGAAUAAUGAUCUUGGCUUUCACGAUAGAAGUUUGAGGAUUAUGCAAAUCGGCGAUGUCAUGAACUUACUGCGCCCUCUAAUGUAUUAUCAUUUGGUUUCCGGAUCGAGUUCUCUUGUCAACUCCUUGGAAGCGUUUAACAAGGCAGUGAUCAAUAAUAACCCCAAGCUCGAUAAUCUUCCAGAGUCUCAAGAUGGACACCCUAUUCCAGCUGAUCCACGUAUAUAUCAACCGAUGGAUCAGCAGCAGAAGUUACAUAAGCCUGGAUACCCAAAUGGGCAAGAUCAUUCAGUAAUUGGUAUAAAUUUGAACCCCGAAAGUAUGCAGGUUAAACCUAUGAGCCCACCCCAAACUUCAUCGGCAGAUUUCAAUCAUCAGGGUUUUCAACAGCGCUUGGUACAGCAAAAUAUAGACCCAAAAAAUAUCCCACGUGGUUCCGUUCGUAAUAAUGUGGUCUUAGACCAGCGAAAAAUGGAAGAGAGACGUCAUAUUAUACAGGCUCUCUCUCAAGGAGGAAGAAUUGAUGGUGUCGCAUCCGUAAAUCAUCGUGGGCGCCCAAUGCAGAUGAAGGUGAAGACAUUUCAACCUAGACAUAAUAUUCAACAAAAUCGUAUUCCAGACGGUGCUUUGCGUACGUGGAAUAUUGAUCCUCCUUUUAAUGGAACUAAAAAGAGGAGAACCAGUUAA